CACAGUAGGCUGGGGCAGUGCGGUUUUCCUCCUCAGUAGAAACCAGACCUUGGGGAGGGCUCUGUGGCUGGAAACAGGAAUGCGCCUUGGUUCCCGUCGUAUUGUUACUGGGGUCAUGUGUUUAAAAUCAGUUAGGGCUUCGCUUGGUGUGUGGUGGCCGGGUAUUCACGUCGUGCACGGAGUUUAGACACCGUCAGUCAGGGGCUGGCUCUGGGCUCCCAGCUUGGGUAAGGAGCUGAGGCCGCUCCGGGAUUGUGACCACUGCGUCCCAGGAAACAGCUGGGCGGCGGGCAGCUCUAACUUCCGGGAAAGAAGAGAGUGGGUCCUCAGCGUUCCUUCGAGCUCCUGAAGAGGUUCGAUGAGGCGGGUAGGAGGCGGUGCGGCCGUGGAGCCACCAGAAACCCAGGCGCCCGAGGACGAGGCUCGUGUGCAAGGCCGGGCAGAGGCAUGUGAGCCCGGAACUUUUUCCCCGCAUGUUCGCUCUGGCGUAGGGGAGGGCGACGGAAGCGAGAGGCCGGACCGGCUGCUACUUCCGGCGGCGACGCCAACUCACGCUAUGGCUGUGCUGGGCCGACAGGUUCUUGGUUUGCUCCGUCACAUCCCCCUCACCUGGGUCUGUUUGGCUAAACUGAAUCCUUACCUUGGAGAACAGAAAAGGACAACUGCUUCUUUGUUACGAAAACUGACAACAGCUUCUGGUGGAGAGAGCCUUGAGGAGUUACCCUUGUUUGGAUCCAAGAAGUGUGUGCAGGAACUGGAGUGCCAGGCAAAUCUUGUUCAUUGCCUACCUGAGAAACAGAGAACUUCUGUGGAUGGAGGGCCACUGACACUAGAGAAAGUUGUCUGUUCUCUCCUGGACAUGGGUUUCAGUGAUACCCGUAUUAAUGAAUUGCUUGGUAUACAGCCAGGUGCCAGCCUUCAACAGUUGCUGGACAUCAUUUCCGAAUUUAUACUCCUGGGUGUAAAUCCAGAGUCUGUGUAUGUAGCCUUGAAGAAAAGCCCCCAGUUACUGAACCUGCCUAUAGUGCAAGUAAAGAAGCGUUCCAGUUACUUGCGGAAGCUUGGCCUUGGGGAAGGGAAACUAAAGAAGGUGCUUCACAGCUGCCCUGAGAUUUUCACCAUGCGUCAGCAGGAUGUUGAUGAAGUUGUUCAGGUUCUCAAGGAGAAGUGCCUUUUCACGGUGCAGCAGGUCACUGAGAUUCUGCACAGAUGCCCCAAUGUGCUUCGGGAGGAUCCUAGUGAAUUGGAAUACAAAUUCCAGUAUGGCUACUUUAGGAUGGGAAGUAAACAUCUGGACAUAGUAAGGACUGAGUUCUUCAAGUACUCACUAACCAAGAUCAAGCAGAGGCACAUUUACCUGGAACGCCUGGGCCGGUACCAAACACCUGAUAAGAAGGGGCAGACACAGAUUGCAAACCCUUUACUCAAGGAUAUUCUCAGAGUUUCAGAGGCUGAGUUUUUGGCCAAGACAGCUUGUUCCUCUGCUGAGGAAUUUGCGGUUUUUAAAAAGCUCUUGGCUUGGGAGGACGAAGAACUUGAGAGCAGCAUAUCUCAGGAGGAGGAAGAGGAGGAAGAAGAGGAGGACGAGGAUGAGGACAAGGAUGAAGAAUAGCUGUGAUGGAGGACUGAGGCAAAUAGGGCCCAGGGAUCACAAAGAACAUUCUCACAUUCCCAAAGCUUUGGAGAGCUUCACUUGGAUCUUCUCAAGUAUUUCAUAUUAACACUUGAUGUUUUGAUAAAAAAUUGUAUG